UGCCUCAUCAGUUUGGAUCUGCUGCUCCUGUUCCACCGUCAAAGAAUCUGUCUGUUCGUGAAAAUCGGUUUAAAUCGGACCGAGCAUUUCUGACAGCUGGCUGAGGUGAGGGGGAAACAUCUGCAGCAGCUGGAUGGCUGUGCGGCGCACGGCUGUCCUGCAGGGAAUGAAGCGCUGCAGCCCGCAGAGCAACAACAGAACAUGCUGAGAACAUAACAGAAGGAGGAGGAAAGAACAUUUAUAAUAAUAAUAAAAUAAGAAGCUUCCAGGCGGGAAUGAAUGAGAUGGGAAACUUUGAGGAGUUGCGCUCCCUCCCUCCACCACCGAGCUUCUCCAAAGCUUCUGCAAAGAGACGGUUUGUCAGGCUGGGAAGGAAGAGCAGUGAUGUUUCUCAAUCAGGAUUAUUCUCUGGCAGUUCCUCCACCUGCAGACGGGCCGAGGGUUCGGCCAUCAGGCAGUCAAGCAAGAGUCACAUCCUCCGCCAAACCAGCCGCCUCUCCGGUGUCUUCCAACGCAGCCCUGUACCAAACUCUGGCUCCAUGGCACUUACCGCGGGUCUCCGGCCAUCACGGCCUGUCCAGCUCAGGAAGGGAAGCAUGAUCUGUGCAGAGGUUCUGCCAGAGGACGACCCGUCCGAGCUGUCCAAUCAGAUAACCGCCCCGGGAAUCCUGAAGAUCUUUGGAAAUGAAAUCUGUGAAGGGGCUCACUAUAAGAGUGUGCUGGCCACCAUGCACUCCAGCGCCAAGGAGCUCGUUAAGGAGGCCCUCGAUCGGUAUGGUCUGAAGAAAGAGGAGUCUGAGUCCUUUGUGCUCUGUGACACCAUCGGCUCCAUUGACAACCAUCAGUGGAGGACAGAAGGGUUCAGAGUGGUGGGCGACCACGAGAAACCUCUUCUCCUGCAGUCACUAUGGAAACCCAGAGAGGGUUUGGCGCGACGUUUCGAAAUUCAGAAGAAGAGCUUGAUAGAAAAGAAGACGUCCCAAGAGAAGGACACAAUCACUGCUGGUAUCAAUGCCCAGGCCCGAAAGCUGCAGAAGAGCAGAUCCAGAGUGACCUCCACCCUUUUAAAGAGGACUAUGGGUCAGAGUCAGAAGCUCUGGAGGAGCAAAAGUGAGAUGGAUCUGCUGGAUGGUGAGGCUGAAGGUGAUGCACGUAGCAAGGAACUUUGCGAGAGUUACUCUUCAGCUCAAAGCCACGAGUCUCUCAAAACAAGCCCCCAACAGAUCAGCAUUCACAGUGUGGCGGCUCCCUCCGAGGGGGGCGGUGGGUCGGGGUCCAACACAGAGACCCUCUGUCUGUCCAGGCCGAAGGGCGAGCGGGAAGGAGAAGAGUCGGAGAGGGAGGAGACGGAGAGCAGCGACGAUAACACCACACAGUACUCCAUUCACCCUCCUCAUGACUGCCCAUACCUGCUGCUGCUGCGGGGCUGCAGCCUCACACAGGACUUUGUCGUCUACCUCCUAGCGACCCCACACAUUGUUAUUGGCCAGCAGAGGGAUUGUGAAGCUAACUCAGAUGUUGACAUCCUCCUCUUUGCUGAUGACAUUCUUCCAAACCACUGCCUCCUCCACCGCCACAGCAUUGGCAGCCCCAUCACACUCUCUGCUUGCAGAGACGCUGUUGUCACGAGGAACGGCGAAGCUGUGGAUGAUAAAGUGCAGCUGAGCAACGGUGAUGUUAUUGGGCUGGGAAAGCAUUAUCUUUUCCUCUUCAGGGAUCCCGUAGCUUUAAUGCACAAGCAGGAAGGAAGCAGUAAUUCUCCUGAACCCACCUUCUCUCCCUCCCCAUUGAUACUCUGUCUCAGUCCUCCUACAUCAUUGUCCAACCACAGCGCAGCAACAACCCAUUGCAUCAACUGCACCCCAAACUUUAUGGACGUCCAUGGCUGGUCCUGCAAGCCGCCUCCAAGGAAAGGCCCUCCAUUUCUAACAUCCCCCAGAGGCCACAUCCUGACUUUGAGCUAUAAGGUUGAGGAUGAAGAUCACAUCGUCAGGCAGAUCUUUGCUAUGGAAGUCAGCGCCAAUGACACUGAAGGACCCCCUCUAACUGUCUCCUUUCUGCUGAGCCUGUGUCUUCAGUAUGCAUCAGCAUAUCUUCACACUUCAGAUCUCCGCAGGCUGCUGCUGCUCAGUGCGAGUGAAGUCCAGAGUGCAAUGUGGGAGUGCACAACAAAGCUAGCUGCUGUUUAUCCAGAAGUUAAAGAUUCAGGUCCCAAGGACGAAGAAUGCAGCCCCCAUGAGGUUAUUUCAGGGUUACGCCCCCUUGUUGUGUGGAUGGCCAACAGUCUUGAGCUGCUGCAGUUUAUUCAGCAUGAACUGCCUCUUAUUCUGGAGUGGAGGAUGCGUAAAGAGAAGACACAAAAGGUGGAAGAUGGCUGUGAAGAUGCUGAAACCAAGGAAGCUGAGAACUUAUCCAUGCUGGAGCUUCGCCUGUCCUGCGUUCAUUCAGCCAGCGAGGAGACGACGGCUGUCCUGGAGGAAGUCAUCCUGCUGGCCUUCCAGCAGUGCGUCUACUACAUCACUAAGCUCCUGUACCCAGUCCUGCCAAGCAUUCUGGACUGCAAUCCUUUCAGGGAGAGUCCUGGUGACGGCGGGAUACACAUCCCUGUGGAGAUCAGGCAGGUGGUGGAGGUUCUGAACGACAGCUGGAGGCUGCUUCUAGACUGUCAGGUCCAUCCAGAGGUUUCCUCUCAGCUCGUUGGCUACCUCUUCUACUUCAUAAAUGCUUCACUCUUCAACUCACUCAUGGAGAGAGGCUCAGAACCAGGUUUUUACCAGUGGUCUAGAGGCGUGCGAAUGCGGGCCAACCUUGACCUGGUUCUGGACUGGGCCCACACAGCUGGACUCGGAGAACUGGCCUUGGAGCAAACACACACUCUCUCAUCAGCUGUCAACCUGCUGGCUACACCAAGAAAGAAUUUACUGCAGAUGACAUGGGCCUCUUUGCGCUCUGACUACCCGGCCCUGACUCCAGCCCAGCUGAACCACCUGCUGAGUUUGUACAGCCCGGCCUCUCCCUGCACACAGACAUGGGCUCCAAUGGCACAGGAUCGAGCAGCAGCGUGCACAACAGCUGGUAUCCUGGAGAGUUUUGAUACCCACCAUCCUUUGGAGCUUCCUGACGAAGGCUACCAGCUUCAGCUCAGACGGCCUGUGACAGACCCAGCUCUGAGGGAACAACUUCACAAGUUCAAAGGGUUUAUUACAAUGCUGUCUGACUCCCACAGAAAUGCAUCAGAUGCUAGAAACAACCAGAUGAAAGAAGCUCAGGAUGGCAGCGACAAAAGGGCCAAUGUCGAAGCCUUAAAUUCAGCGAGGGAUGAUGAGAUUCUGUCUCAGGUGUUACCUUCAUCCCCCUCCUUUCUUUACCAAGAUGAACUAAACACUGGCGGGGAAACUUUGGCAGCUCAAGAGCGAACAAAUCCAAAGCUGAUAGAGACCAGCGAGUCAAAGAGGUCAUCUCUGGAACAUCCUUCUCUGGUCACCCCACCCCAAACACCACACACAGCAGAGAUGAUUAAAGCCCACAGUGAAACAUUCCCCCCAUCCUCCCACUCGGACUGUGAAGGUGGCUUGGUGUCUGAAUGUCUGGCUGCACUGAAUACAGACCAUUUAAAACCAGACUGCAGACUUGUGGGGCUUAAAGAGGAGGAAGAGGAGUAUGAAGAAGAGGAAACAGAUGAUAAUGAUGAGGUCUUCAGUUUGGAGCUGGAGAAAGGGGAGAGGGGACUCGGCCUUGCUUUGGUGGAUACAACGAACUCAUGCACAAAGGUGAGGGGCAUCUUUAUCCGUGCAGUGGUGCCAGACUCUCCAGCAGCCAAGUGUAAGAAGCUGGAGCCUGGAGACCGGAUCCUGGCUGUCAAUGGAGUCAGUCUGCUUGGCCUGGAUUAUGACAGUGGAAAGGAGCUGAUCCAGUCAUCAGGCGCCAGACUGAGGUUACUGGUGGCCAGAUCCCACCUCAUGGCUGCAGCCUCGCAGACUGAAUGCUGACUCUACACUUUCUAAGGGACCACUGGACCACCAUUAGCUCUACACAGGAGCACUGAGAGCUUGUAGAACAUUUAAGAAACGGACAGAUAUGUGCUAUGAAAAGAGAUUUUGUUUUAAAUGGUGAAUGUAAAUAAGCAGUAUUUGUGAUAGUAGCGAUUGCCCAAUAUUGUUGUCUUUACAUGACACCCAAUAAUAUGGUCUGUUUGAGAAUUUGCCUUCAAAAGCUUUAGUUCAGAACACAAAAUGUAGUUAUAAAAAAAGCCUUAAAAUAUAUUUAUCUCUUAUUACAAUAUAAAAGUACAGUAAACAUUUCAAAAAAAGAAGAUAAAUCCAACCUUUAAAGUAAUUUUUCCACAUGAAGACAAAAAGAAAUUCUGCAAUAACAAAUACGUAUUAAAGAAAACCUUGCCAUGUAUGUAAAUGCUACCCUUGAGUUAAUAACUUGUACAACCUAUUUUUUCCAUUAAGACAAAAAGGAGGUAUUUAUUUAUAAAAUUGCAAAGGGUUUGAGCCCAGGAGAGAAGGAUCAGUUAGAAUUUACUCUUGUUGAUCGAUAGAAGAAUUUCCCUGAAGUUCUUGUGAAGGGAACUGCUAACUUGAUGGUUGACACUUCCUCCCUCUCAAGAAUCUAAGGCAAGAUUUUUUUCAGGUUCAUUGAACUACAUACACAGUGUUGGUUAAAAUCAUUUCGAUGUUACCAAACACCAAACAUUUACAUCUGAUAUGUGGAGAUAGAGCAUGUCAUUUCACUAUUAUGUGGUUGUUAUGGUGACUUGAUGACUCCAAGGUGCCAAUUUACGCCCAAGUUCCCCAAAAAGUGAGCAACAGGGAUCUUUUAUCUCCCUUACUGCCAUCUUCACUGUGAUAUUUAUCAUCAUCCAGCUUUCAUUUUCCCAGUUGCAGCUUUAUAAUUACUGCUCUGAUUAAAAAUUCUUGUAUCUCUAAAUUUCUUAAGACCAACAUGUAUCUUCUUCUCCUACAUAUCAUGUUUUCAUUUUAUAAAUUUUUUGGUUAAUUCAAGAAAAACGGCAUCUGUGACACAAACCUGAGCUGUGGAUUACCAACCAAGGGUUUCUAGGAAAUCUAAUGUCCAUUUUUGUACUUACUAGGACUGAAAUUAUAAUCAUAAUAAUA